CCAGUUAGGACAGCUGGGUUCUGAAUUUGAUUUCUUCUCAUUAUUCUCUCUCUCGCUUGAAAAAAAGAAAAAAAAUUACUUCUUUUGGCUUUUCUUGAUGAACAGUCUUAGACUAUUUGUAUUUGAUUGAGUAAAAAUGUAGUGAAAAACAAGGAGAGAUUGAAGAACACGACAGGUUUGUAAUUUCUUCUCUUGUAGGUUUGGGUUUUGGAGGGUGUUUUGGUUUUCUUGGAAGCUUGGCUUGUUUGGUUUUUGUGGCUUCCAUUUCUUCUAGUUUUUGGAUGGGAACUGUGUUGAAGAAGGAGAAGAAAUAUGAUGGGGAAGUAAUUGAGAGAGGCCAAUGGUCGUUGUUAUACAGUUCUAAACUAUCAUAUUACACCCUUGUACAAGAUCUUUUUGUUUCUCUUUUUGCAUGUCAGAAAGUCCUGCAAUAUCCAUAACAAACAUCCUUUGAUCACCUUAAGAAGAAGAGAUCUGUUUUUAAAAGUGUUGUUUUCAUCAACAAUCAUGAAAAGAGUUGGCAGCUCACAUUCCUUGGGUGCUAUGAUGUCCAUCUGCCCAAUCUCAGAUGACAACCAGAUUUACAGUAGAGAGUUUCAGUCGAUUUUAGAUGGAUUAGAUGAAGAAGAGGGCGUGGAAGAAUCAGGGUAUGUUGCAGAAAAGAAGAGGCGAUUGAAUGUAGAUCAAGUGAAAGCGUUGGAGAAGGAUUUCGAGGUGGAAAACAAACUUGAUCCUGGGAGGAAAUUGAAACUAGCUCAACAACUUGGCUUGCGACCUCGACAAGUUGCUGUCUGGUUCCAAAACCGCCGUGCUAGGUGGAAGACUAAACAACUGGAGAAGGAUUAUGGGCUUCUCAAAAACAGAUAUGAAACUCUUAAGCUAAAUUAUGAUAGCCUCCAGCAUGACAAUCAAGUUCUUCUUAAACAGAUAGAGGAGGUGAAGGCAAAGCUGAAUGGAAAGAACAAUGUUUCAGUGAAGGAGGAGGUGAAUGUGACUAAAACUGCUAAUAGAACACUAGAACAAAGUGAAGCACCAGUAGAAGUGAAGUAUGAGAGCUUGAAGAACAACAGCAAGGGAUCAAAUGGGGCCAUCCUUUUCCUAGACUUAAAAGACGGUUCAUCAGAUAGUGACUCAAGCGCUGUCUUGAAUGAAGACAACAACAAUGGCUCGAACUACGUGGGUGGAUCUUCAUCUGGGAUUCUACAAAGCCAACAUGUUUGGAUGUCACCGACAACAGCCUCUUCACUCAAUUUCAACUCCUCUUCUUCAUCUUCUUCUAUGAAGUGCUUCCAACCCCAGCAAUUUGUGAAGAUGGAAGAACAAAAUUUCUUUAGUGCAGAUGAAGCUUGCAAGUUCUUCUCAGAUGAAGAAGCUCCAAGUCUUCAUUGGUAUUGUCCUGAACACUGGAACUAAAAUCAACAUGCAUGUAAUACGGGAUCUAACCAAAAUGCAAAAAUAAAUAAAAGUAGCAAAAAGGUUGGGAGAAGGCUUCACGUGGGGUGGAGGAGGCUAUGGCGAUAGGUGACGCCAAAAUGAGGAGGUGGACGGGCAUCUUGGUUAGGUCCUAAGUUCCCUCAAAUGGAGCGAACCAAAAAUCAAAAAUCAAAAUUAUUAUCAUCAUCAUCAUCAUAGUUAUUAUCAAUUAUCAUUUUCCUGGGCUUCUUUUGUAGUUUCUUUAUGCAGAAAAAAAUUAAUCAGUUAUUCCAA